AUGUCUUCCGAGCAAGGCAAUAAAAACAUGGACAUUUGCAAAGUCCAGGAUCCCGACGAUCUGCCGAUGUAUUCCAAAGACGGCUUGUUGGAAGGCUUUUUGAACUUUUUCGCCCACGAUUCCGAUCAAUCCGCGAAUAUAGAUUGCUUAUCGCAUAUUUUUGCCAAUUGCGAGAUGUUCACGGACUUCUACGUGCAGCAGAAGAGUUCGCUGGAGCGGGUGAGCAGCUACUUGAAGAAACUUAGCACGAUCCGAGCGCCCAAGUUCACGCUUGUGGACAAGGCCUACAUCUUCGCCUCCGCCACUGACAUUCUUCAGCAGGUAGUCUCGUCGAUCAAGGACUUUUUCAACGGGGAAAAAGGAGCUGCAGCGUUAAAGAAGACGAUGGAAGAGCAUGUCGACGAAUUAGAAAAAGAAUUCACAUUCUGCCGCGACUGCAAAAUCCGCGAGUUGGAAGAAGAAACGAUUUCGGAAGAGAUGGAACAAAGUUUCAAGAGUUCCAGCGCGAAUAAAAGCAAAAACUCGGGCUGGGGCGCUACUAGUGCCGACAAAAGCAGCUCGAAAUCGAGCUCUGGGUGGGGAAACAGCUCAACUCCGGUGAAGUCGAGCGGUUGGGGUGCUUCUUCCAGUCAGGCGCCGAAGACUUCGACGCCGAACGCGAAAAGCAGUUCCCAAGCGGCUUCUUCUCAGUCCAAAUCCGUCACGUGGGGAGGAGCGUCGAAAAGUAAAGAACCAGCACCACCAGUGGCCGGCUACGGCAAUCUGAUUGGAAAAACACCGACUGGAACUGCCGUCCCCUUCGCCGGAAAAAACGAAAAAGGAUUUUCCUCGAAGAUCAAGAAAUUCGCCAACGUGGUCGAUUUGUCGAACGGGGAGUCGAAGGCGCUGCGGCCGGAAGACGUCAAAGACGGACUCUACUAUUUCCAGUGGCAGUUCUCGCCCGUCACCAGUCGAUUUAAAAGAGACGUGAUCUUCAGCCAGCGGCACCAGUUCUUCGGAAUGCAGUUUUGGAUGAAGUGCGAGCUCGACGGGCAGCUCAAGAUCUCGCUCUCGAAGGGAGCCGCCAUCAAGUGGCAGUACAAGGUCAUUCAGGACGCGCAGCAGAGCGUCUCUGGAGAACACAAGGGAAACUUUUACAGCUGGAAGAAGGUGCUCUGCCAGAACAACUGCGCACUAGAUUCGCAGAAAGUGUAUAUCGACCGCGACGCAGAACUGAUAGAAGUGCAGCUAGUAGUGACGCAUUAUCGCCCCGAGCUCGCUUAG